AAGAUGUCACAUUUACGCAAAGAACCUUGUCUGCCUGUGUCCUUAGCCCAUCAAGGCUACAACCAACAGCCUUUACUGGCAACCUGGGAGUAUUUCACAGUCCACUGAUAAGAUUAUUAUCUUGCAACUGUUGCAAAGGGAUUCAUGAAAGACUCAUGUGUUAUGUUGAGAUUGACUCACAGUUUGCAUACAAACAAAUAUACCAAGCCUUGAAAUUUCACUGUAUUUCCUCUGCAGCUCACUUCACAGAUUCUUGGCAAGGACUGCAAAGCAUCUCAAGUUGCCAUCCAACUGUAGGCAACAGAUAUUUUAAAAAGAAAAUAGGAAGAGCUCCAGGAUCGUAGCAAUGAAUAACACACCUACAGUCCAUGAUACAGUUUCAAAAAUCCUUGUCCCCAUGCUUGGCAUAGAAUAUGUUAUGGGAAUUAUUGGAAAUGGCAUUGUUUUGGUCAUCUUUUGCUUUAACAGGAAUUUCUGGAAAUCAAGCACCAUGUAUUUACUCAGCUUAGUUGUCACUGAUUUCUUCCUAGUAGCCAGUUUACCAUUUCAUAUGCACUACUAUACCAGGAACGAAGUCUGGACCUUCUCAAAAAGAUUUUGUCAGGUCAAUUUGUUCAUGUUAUCAAUGAACAGAACAGCAAAUAUUGUAUUUCUUACAGCUAUUGCAGUAGAUCGCUAUUUUAAAGUGGUUCAUCCUCACCAUCAGCUGAGUAAACUAUAUACCUGUGCUGCAAAAAUAGCAACUUUGCUUUGGAUCUUACGUAUACUGCUGAACAUCCAUAUCUUUACCUUGCCUGUUGUACAGGAUAAUACUACAUGUCAAAGUUAUGAUGACCCUAAGACAGACACUUCACUGGUGGACCACUGGCAUAGGAUGUUAAUUUUUAUUGAAUUUUUUAUAUCCUUAGGCAUCAUCUUUUUCUGUAUUUUCUGUGUUCUCUUUAAGCCAAAGCAGAAGAAAAUGGCUAGAGGGAAGAGCAUCCAAAGAACUAUGAGAUUGUUAAUGAUCAUUGUUUUGGUAUAUGGUGUCUGCUUCUCGCCUGUUAUUUUGUUUGCUUUAGUUGGUUUCAUUGUUUGGAAAGUAAGCCCUCAGAGUCUCACUUAUAAAGCUAUGAGCUAGUUAUUCCAUGCCUCCUUUGCCUUUAAGUUCCUGAACAGUGCACUAGAUACUGUUCUUUAUUGCUUUUCAAGUCCGACGCUUCAAAAUAGAUUAAAAAAAUGUUCAAAAAAUGUUCAAAACAUCGGGAUGUUUUGAAGAUC